GUGUGUGGGGGGUUAGAGGAAACAAUAUAAACACUGUUUUCGUCUUUUACAUAGCAUUAGUGGAUAGUUUCUUGCAACUGUCACUUUAUGAUGGCCAAAUUUGUUUUUCUAGCUGGCCUCUCCCUGGCAUUGUGUCAAUUUGGAUUGGCCACCCAGCUAAUAUGCUACUUUACAAACUGGUCUCAGUACAGACCUGAUGUCGGCAAGUACCUGCCAACUAAUGUGGAUCCACACCUUUGCACUCAUUUAAUUUAUGCAUUUUCCAUUAUUAAUCAGGCAAAUAAGCUGACCACCUAUGAAUGGAAUGAUGAAACUCUCUACAAAUCUUUCAAUGGACUGAAGAAAAUAAAUCCCAACUUGAAAACACUCUUGGCUGUUGGAGGAUGGAAUUUUGGCACAGCUCAGUUUAGUGCCAUGGUGUCCACACCACAAAACAGACAGACUUUUAUACAGUCCUCCAUCAGCUUUCUGAGGACUCAUGGAUUUGAUGGACUGGACCUUGACUGGGAAUAUCCUGGAUCCCGUGGAAGUCCUCCAGAGGACAAGCAAAGAUUCACUCUGCUUUGCAAGGAACUCCUGGAAGCUUACAAGGCAGAGAGUGAAGCCACUGGAAACUCCAGACUCAUGCUCACUGCUGCAGUGGCUGCUGGGAAAGGAACCAUUGAUACCGGUUAUGAAAUAUCAGAAAUCGCUAAGUUUUUGGACUUCAUCAGUGUCAUGACCUAUGACUUCCAUGGCUCAUGGGAAAGGUUCACUGGACACAACAGUCCUCUCUAUCGUGGCAGUGGAGAUAAAGGGGACAUGAUCUACUUUAAUACAGAUUUUGCAAUGAAAUACUGGAGAGAUCAGGGUGCCCCUGUUGAGAAGUUAAGGAUGGGGUUUGCAGUAUAUGGGCGAACAUUUCAUCUGUCGUCCACAGCCAGUGAAGUGGGAGCUCCAGCUAGUGGUCCUGCUUCAGCUGGAACAUACACCAGGGAGGCUGGAUUCUGGUCAUACUAUGAGGUCUGUACUUUUCUUCAAGGAGCCACCACACAAUGGAUUAAUGAUCAGAAAGUUCCAUAUGCAGCCAAAGGACAGGAGUGGGUUGGAUUUGAUAAUAAGGAGAGCUUUGAGACAAAGGUGCGCUACCUAAAAGAGAAUAAGUUUGGAGGAGCCUUUGUCUGGACUCUGGAUCUUGAUGACUUUACAGGACAGUUCUGUGGGCAGGGCAAGAACCCACUCAUCAGCCACCUCCAAACUCUUCUUAAUACUGAAUUACUUCCUCCACCUCCAAAUACAACAUAUCAGCUUGGUGAAACUUCAACAAGAGCGUCUCCUGCUGCAUCCCAUUCCACAAGACCUUAUAUUCAACCAACAGCACCACCUAGAACAGAGCUCUGUGUAGGCAAGCCGGUUGGAAUGUUUGCAAAUCCAGCUGACCUGAUGUCCUUCAUACAGUGUGUUAAUGGAAGGACAUUUGUACAGAGAUGCCCUGCAGGGACCAUCUUCAAUGUCAAUUGCAUGUGCUGUGACUGGCCUGAGAAUUAAUCCUAUGUAAUCCAGUGUGUAUUACUGUAAGACUUCUGCAAUGGAAAUGUUAAGACUGUUAAGUCUGCAAUGUAGCUCUCUUUGUUAAUGUGCACAAUGUUAUACAGUGAUAUACAGUAUGUUUUUCAAUUCUGUUUGGUGACGCUAGUGGCACAGAAAUUACACACUUCACUGAUAAAUCUUACAGUUUUGUGUUAAAGGGAUAGUUCACCUAAAAAUUUUAAUGAUCUCACCAUUUACUCUGGGUAGCACUGUCAUCUCACAGUAAGAAGGUCUCUAGUUCGAGUCCCAGCUCACCCAGGACCUCUCUGUGUGGCGUUUGUAUGUUCUCCCCAUGUUCGUGUGGGUUUCCCCCAUAGUCCAGAAACAUGCAGGUUAAGUGAAUUGGAAACUCUAAAUUGCACGUAGGUAAGAGUGUGAAUGUGUUUGUCUGUGUGUGUCUGCACUGUGAUGGACUGGCCACCUGUGCAGGGUGUUUCCCUGCCUUCGGCCCGAGACAGCUGGGAUAGGCUCCAGCACUACCCACGACCCUAUAUAGGACAAGUGGCUAUAGAAUAUGGAUGGAUCAUGCUCAGUAGAUUCAUACAAUGCAAGUAAAUGGUGACCAGACAUUUCAAGCUCCAAAAAUCCCACAAAGGCAGUAUAAAAGUAAUCCACAUGACUCCAGUGGUUAAAUCCAUGUCUUUUAUAUGAUAGGUGUGGGUGAGAAACACAUCAAUAUUUAAGUCCUUUUUGACUAUAAAUCUCCACUUUAAAGUAAAACGUGGAGAUUUAUAGUAAAUAAGUAUUGAAAUAUUGAUCUGUUUCUAACCGAAAGUGAUUGCAUCACUUCAGAAUACAUACAGGUGCAUCUCAAUAAAUUAGAAUGUCGUGGAAAAGUUCAUUUAUUUCAGUAAUUCAACUCAAAUUGUGAAACUUGUGUAUUAAAUAAAUUCAAUGCACACAGA